AUGGUGCACAAAACCGCCCAGAUUGCAUUGAGGGUGAGCUUAGCCCGAGCCGUGUCCACAAGAGCUUUCGUGACAGAAGUGGCUAAACAAUUCAAAUACACAAAAGCUAAGGACUACCAAGCAAUAAAAGAUUGUUUGGAUCAAAUAAAUGAUGGCGUGGAUCAGCUCACCAACUGUAUCAACGAGACACAAAACAUAACACAAUAUGGCCAAAGUGAGUUUCCUUGGCAUGCCAGCAAUGUUCAGACAUGGAUGAGCACUGCUCAAACUGAUGCAACUACAUGUAUUGACGGGUUUUCGGGUCGAACCAUCGGGGGCAAGACCAGGGCCUUGAUCAAAGCUAAGGUUCUUAAUCUUGCACAAGUCACUAGCAAUGCCCUUGCCUUGUUCAACAAGUUUGCUGCAAGAUACAGACCCGCUGCUAAUGCCACCAAAUCCUAA